AUGGGUGCCGGAGAUGCCGCCAAGAAAGCUGAAGCUUUGGCGCAAAAACGAGCCGAAGAAAAAGAUAAAUUGGAACAAUCAAAAAGGUCGUUCGUUCGCUACUGUGAAAAAGAACGGGCUACCAUAUCGGAUUUAAUUGAAAAAACACCAUCAUUGACUAUAGCUACCGCAUUGGAGGCUCAUUUGGAAUCCUGGAAUAGUGCCUUGAACGAAAUCGCGAGUCUUGAUGCUCAAUUGUUGGAUUAUAUCGAAGCUACUGAUGAAACCCUCGAAGCUGAAGAAGCUAAAGUAUGUGAGUUUCAUGAUGACAUGAGAUUAUAUUAUUAUGAUAUGGUUGGCAAGUUAAAAUUAAUUCGAGAAAAAAUAAAUACCAUGGGAGGUUCGCCUCGUCGAUCUGUUCAAAAUAUUUCGUUCUCUGACUCGGUUCGUAAUCCGAUAGUUAAAUUACAAGACGUUCCAGUUCCAAAGUUCGACGGAAGUUUUGCUAAUUUUCCUGACUGGUAUUUUGAAUUCUCCAGCAUCGUGGAUAAAAACGAAAGUUUCAGUGACUUUGAAAAAUUAUACUUGUUAAAAAGAGCUAUGGGAAAAGGAGCUGAAACUCUUCUCCAAGAUAUCGGAAAUGAUGGCAAUCUUUAUAGAGCCACUUUUAAAAAUCUGUAUGAUACUUAUUUCAAUCAACGCCGAAUAAUUGCGGAACACUUUGCCAACUUGGUGGAUAUGCCUAGCAUAAAAAAUUCGUCCAUUCGGGAAGCGGUGGAAAAAGUUAAACGAGCGUUACGCGGUUUGCAGGUUUGCGGAAUAAAUAUCGAAGAAAUGUCGCCCUUAGUAGCAUUUUUAGUGUCGAGAAAAAUCUCUGAAAAAUUAAGAACUGAUUGGGAAAACUCUAACCACGACUAUUCUGUCUACCCAUCGUUCGAUUCGUUGGCUCGUUUUUUAAUCAAUCGAAGUUUUUCGUAUGAAACGUCAUCAGCUGCAAGCAAUUCGUCGGAUGCAUCGAAAUCGUCGACCAAGGACUCUGGUCCAAAAGGAAAAUCAUCGUCGGUUCCUGAAAAGAAAUUAUCAGCAGCAGCCAAAUCUUCGAAUGGUCCGAGUGCUCCGAAAUGUUCAGUUUGUGAUGAUAAUCAUUAUUUAAAUCAAUGCCAGGUAUUUAAAAAUAAAUCCGUUAGUGAUAGGUUUGAUUUUGUAAAAAUGAACAAAUUAUGUUUGAAGUGUUUUAACCCCUAUCAUAAUGUAUUUUCUUGUAAACGUAAUAAUUGUACUAAAUGUAACGGUAAACAUCAUACCCUAUUGCAUAGGGAAAUUUCUCAAAAUUUUCAUGAUUCGUCGUCUGGUAGUGGUAAUGGGUCGAGUGGUUCAAGUGUACCUCCAAAACCGCCUGAGGGUGAGGUAAAAAGUGUGAAUAUGGCUUCUGGCGCUACUGUUGGUUAUACCCACGGGACAAAUAAAACAGUCUUUCUUUCGACUGCAGUAGUUGAAGUAAAGGGUAAAUUUGGAUCAGAAUUAGGUAGGAUUUUAAUCGAUUUAGGUUCUGAAACUACGUUGAUAACUCGUGAAUUUUGUACUCGUGCGAAAUUGAAAAUAGCCAAAAAUGAUCAUCCUACUAUUUUAACUGGUAUAUCGAAUAAGUCGAUUGAGUUAAACUCGGUGACUAGUUGUAUUUUGAGAUCAAGGUAUUCGGACUUUCAGAUAUCAAUAGAUGCUGAAGUAAUAGAUAAAAUUCCUUAUAAGGUGAGUCGAAAUAAUGUUCAGGAAAUUAUUAAGAAUUUUCCUCAUAACUUCGCCGAAUCGUCUACUUUACCUUAUGACGAUGUUGAUAUACUUCUCGGAAGUGAAUAUGUUGAAUUUGUUCUUGCUGAGAAGAGAUAUUUUGUCGAUGGUUUGUGUCUGAGAGAUAGUCCCUUUGGAUAUGUUAUUUCCGGUGCUUUGAAAAGUUCACUUUUGGCUGAAAAGGUUUCGUUUUGUGGUUUGUCGAAUUCGGAGCUAUCUGCUCAAUUUAAGCGUUUUGUAUCGAUUGACGAAGUGUCAGAAUCCGAAAAUUUGUUGAGUGAAAAAAUCGUUGAGCAUCGUAUUUUUGAAGAACAUUUUGAAAAAACCUACAAGGUGGAUGAAAAAACUGGUCGAUUCGUUGUUUGUUUACCAAUAAAACCCUCGAUCGUUAAAUUAAAUGGCUCAUAUGAGAGAGCUAGGUCGUUAUUGAUUAAUAAUGAGCGAAGGCGCUCGGAAAAGGCUCAAAAUGAGUAUUGUAAAAUUUUUGCUGAAUAUGAAGAAAAGGGUCAUAUGACCAGAAUUUCGUCUGAGCCCAAUCCCGAAGCAUAUUUUAUGCCUCAUCAUUUAGUUUCGAAGGAAAAUUCAAGUCGUGUCGUUUUUAAUGCUUCGUUUUGUGAUAAAUCAGGUACCUCUCUGAAUGAUCAUUUGUAUCAAGGUCCUGUUUUACAACCUGAACUUUCGACUAAUGUGAAUCAAUUUCGUGAGCAUGUGAUCGGAGUAUGCGCCGAUGUGGCUAGAAUGUAUAGGUGUAUUAUAAUUGCUAAGGAACAUCGAAUUUAUCAGCAUAUUUUGUUUCGUUAUUCGUGCGAUGAACCAAUUUUAAUUUGUGAAUUGAAUACUCUGACAAACGGAAUAGGCCCUGCCUCUUCUAUAGCCACCAAAUGUGUCGAAAAAAUUGGUGAUUCGAUCGAAGUUGAGCAGCCUAUUGCGGCUGAAUCUAUAAAAAAGCACUGUUAUAUGGACAAUUGGAUGUCUGGUGCGCCUACUGUAGAGAAAGCUAUUGAGCUUCAGAAAACUGUACAUUCAACUUUUGAUCGUUUUGGUUUCUCUUUGAGAAAAUAUCAGAGUAAUUCGCCUGAGGUUUUGUGUUCCAUCGAUAGUUCAUUAAUUGAGCCAUUAAAACAGAAAGUUUUGGGAGAUAGCUCGUUUAUCUACGUUUUGGGGUUAAUUUGGAGCCCUGAACCAGAUACUUUGAGCGUUUCUGUAACUUUGGAUAAAUUACCCUCGAAGAUAACCAAGCGUGUUGUCUUGUCUGAGGUUUCGAAAUUAUUUGACAUACUUGGUAUGCUCAUACCUGUAACUAUUCGAGCAAAAAUUCUGUUGCAAGAUCUUUGGAUUGAGGGAAAAAACUGGGAUGAUGAUAUUUCAGAUAAAUUAAAGGCCGAAUUUAUGAAUUAUCGUGAACAAUUACCCUCGUUGCAUGCCUUUUCUAUUCCUCGUUGUUAUUGUACUUCGGUUAAUGUAGUUUCUAGAUCGCUAAUAGGGUUUUGUGAUGCGUCUGAACGAGCUUAUUGCUCAGUAAUUUACGUUCGAUCAAUAGAUAAUAAUGGUAAUAUAUUUGUUUCAUUUGUGUGUGCAAAAUCGCGCGUUGCACCGAUUAAAUCUAUCAACACUAGUAAUAUUCAUCGUUUGGAGCUUUUAGGAGCUGAAUUAUUGUCAAAAUUGAUCGUUCGUAUUGGUUUGGAAUUAAAAAUAGAUCGUGAAAAUUUUUAUUUGUUUUCGGAUUCGCAAGUAACUUUGAGCUGGAUCAAGUUGGAUCCUAUAAAAUUGAAACAAUUUGUGUCGAAUCGAAUUGUAAAGAUUGUAGCCUUGACUAAACGAGAAAAUUGGUUUUAUGUGGAAACCAAGUUAAACCCUGCCGAUUGUGGCACGAGAGGUUUAUCUUCGAAUGCGUUUCUCUCUAAUUCUAUGUGGUAUGAAGGUCCGAGUUGGUUAACAGAUAACGAAGUGUAUGAUAAGUACAUUAGUACUGUAUCGCCUAUGUUGAAUAAUGUACCUGAGAUGAAACUUGAUCGUACUUGUAUGCUUGUUUUUGCCUAUCUGCCUAUAGCAUACAUCGUUGAAAAAUAUUAUUCAUUGUAUAAAAUCCUCUCUACCAUUGGUUAUUGGCUACGUUAUAUUCGAAUAUUGAAAGGUUUGGUUGAUGGUAAACGUAAUGAGAAUUUAGUCGUUGAUAUUUCGUUAGAUAAGAAUAGGAAAUUCUUAUCGGCGGGUGAGAGGAAACAGGCCAUGUUCGUAAUUAUUCGCUUUGUUCAAAAAGAAAAAUUUGAUGUUGAAUUGCAAUGUUUGCAAAAUAAAGUUAAAUUUCCUCGUAAAAGUCGAUUGAAAGCUCUCAAUGUCUUCUUAGAUGACAAUGGCCUAAUGAGAGUAGGAGGUAGAUUGGAAAAUUCUAGUCUAUCUUAUGAUACGAAACAUCCGAUAAUUUUGCCAGCUAACUGUAGAUUUAUGGAGAGAUACGUUACGUUCGUGCAUGAAAAGCAUGCUCAUGCACUGCACAUUGAAAUUGUUGAGGAUUUGACUACUGAGGCCUUCCUUAGUGUUCUCGAACGUUUUGUUGCUCGAAGAGGUUUACCCCGAAUUGUCUAUAGCGAUAAUGCUACCAAUUUUAUUGGUGCAAAAAAUGUUUUAUUAAACGAUCCUUCGAUUAAUCGAUUUUUGGGUGAAAAAGGUAUUGAUUGGCGUACCAUUGCCCCUCAUUCUCCGCACCAAGGUGGUCUGUGGGAGAGUGCUGUUAAGGCUGGUAAAUCUUACCUCAUUCGAUCUAUUGGAAACCAGGUUUUGAAUUUGUUCGAAUUGUCUAGUGUAGCAGCCAAGGUUGAGUCGAUUUUGAACUCUAGGCCCUUGUGCUAUCAACGAACUAAUGAGUUUGUUGCUCCGAUCUCGCCUGGACAUUUUUUAAUUGGUGCAGAUUUUUCCGAAGUACCUGUGUCAGAAGCGAGUUUAGGUAAUUUGAAAGCUAGGUAUCGAUUGUGGCGUCAGGUGGUAGAUUCCUUCUGGGUCUCUUGGCAUCAGAAUUACUUGAAUGAACUUCAGGUUCGCCAUAAGUGGCAGAGUAAAGAGAAAAACUUCGAAGUAGACGAUGUUGUUUUAGUUUCGGAUAAAAAUGUCCCUAAUUUGAGGUGGCCAAUGGCUAUUAUUGAAGAGGUCUUUCCAGACUCUUCUGGUAUCGUUCGAAACGUAGUAAUUAGAAUGGCGAAUGGUACAAAAAAGAGAACGUCCAUUCAGAAAUUGGUUUACCUACCUGUAAAUGUUAACCUCGAUUAG